AUGGGUCUCCUUCCCAUAUCGGCCGAUAUGCCUUUGGCGCCAGACGUGCUUUCGGCUCCUACCAAGCUGUUGGGCAGAUUUAGUAUAUUCUUAAUCGGUCUCACCCUCUUCGCCGUCGUCUAUGCAAUACUGCGCUACAGAGGCACCCGGCGCCACAUCGUGGCCAAACAUGGCUGCCAGCCACCGCCUCGGUAUCCCUCCAAGGAUCCCAUUUUCGGUCUCGACUUUGUCCUGAAGAAUGUGCGCACGUUCCGGAACCAUGUCUAUCUGCAAGAGCUUUUGAACCGCUACCGCGACCUGGGCACGACCUACAGCGUGCGGGUAUUCUACCGGCGCGGCAUCAUCACCUGCGACCCGGAAAACAUCAAAACCAUUCUGUCCACGCGGUUCAAGGACUACUCCCUAGGAAACCGCACGGCAAUCAUGGGUCCGCUGCUCGGCAAGGGCAUCUUCGUCAACGAUGGCGAGGAAUGGUCGCACUCGCGCUCCUUGCUGCGGCCGAACUUUGUGCGCGACCAGGUAGCCGAUCUGGGCAUGCUGGAGGACCAUCUCAAGAACCUCCUGCCCCUGGUGCCGCGGGACGGCACCACAGUUGACCUACAGGAACUCUUCCUGCGCUUCACCAUCGACUCGGCCACCGAGUUUCUCUUCGGGCACUCGCUGCACACUCUGACGCAGGGAACGGAGAGAGAUCGCCGGUUUGGCGAGGCGUUCGCCUACGCGCUGGACGAUAUGGCGCUGCAGUUCCGGCUGGGGCCGUGGAGAGCCCUGCGCCGGGCGAAUCCCCAGGCUCCCCGGGCGUACGAGACGUGUCGCGCGUACGUGGACGGGUUUGUGGACGAGGCGAUUGCCUACCGCGACAACAAAAGGGGCGAGGACGCGGGCAAUCAGCAGCGGUAUUACUUCCUCCGGGAGCUGGCCAAGGCCACCGACGAUCGCGACAAGAUCCGCGAUGAGCUGCUCAACAUCCUCAUUGCGGGCAGAGACACGACCGCCAGUCUCCUCAGCAGCCUGUUCCACGUGCUGGCCCGCCGGCCCGACGUCUGGCAAAAGGUGCGCCAGGAAGUGACGCAGCAGCUGCAGGGGCGCAUCCCCAGCUACGACGAGCUGCGCAACAGCGUCCCCUACGCCCGGCACUGUAUCAGCGAGACCCUGCGGCUGUAUCCGCCGGUGCCAAACAACACGCGGCUGGCGGUGCGGGACACCGUCCUGCCCCGCGGCGGAGGGCCCCGUGGCGAUGCCCCGGUCUUUGUGCCCAAGGGCUGUACCUUGAUCUACACGGUGUACGCCAUGCACCGGCGAGUGGAUCUGUUCGGUGCUGACGCCGACGAAUUCCGACCGGAGCGGUGGGAGACACAGCGUUAUUCCUGGGAAUACUUGCCCUUCAAUGGAGGACCCCGGAUCUGUCUCGGUCAACAGUAUGCGAUGACCGAGGCCCUGUACGUACUGAUUCGCUUCGCACAGGAGUUCACGACCAUCGAGGCCAGAGAUCCGACCCCUUGGACCGAGUUACUCACUCUGACCGUCUUAUCGGCGAAGGGGGUGCAGGUAGCACUCCAGCGGGCAUGA